AUGAGGAUUUCAAACGCUCUUGUUCACGCCGUGAGCCUCCUCGGGGUCAGCCAAGCCGUUCUAGGAGCCUCAAGCUGGACGUUCAGCGAUGCUACCGUUUCGGUCCAAGGCAAGGGUAGCGGUGUCGGGAGCGGAUCGAAAGAGAAUCUGAGCCCUAAAAGCCCACUCACGAAGCCGUUCGUCCUCGGUGCAAGCGAUACUCUGAAGGUCGUCCUCACAACAAAGGAAGGCAAGACUUCGAAGCGUCCACAGCAAGCAUCUCUUCUCCUACGGGAUCCUGCAACGGAUCUCGAUGUUACAUAUCCUCUGAGCACCAAGGAGUCAGGAAAGGGCAAAAUCGACCUGUCCCACAGAGACCUCCCGCUUCAAUUCCUUCGCAAAGACACUGUCCUCUCAGCCUACUUGAUCCUUGCCUCGACCGGCGACGCUGAUGGCUACUAUGAGCGCGCAUUCUCCGUGGGCGUCAAGGCCGACCCUACGGCCACGACUGGCUCAACCGAGAAGCCCCUGCGGUACGGCAAGCUGCCAGAAAUACACCACAUCUUCCGCUCCGAUCCCAAGAGUCCAAACUUCGUCAUCGUAGCAUUCUUCACUGUUGCUGCUGCGGCUACACUCCCGGUGCUACUUGGCUUGUGGCUACAAGUCGGCGGAAACCUCAACCACCUGUCCAAAGCACUGUCAGACGCACCUGUCUCGCAUGCUCUCUUCUUUGGCUCGAUCGUCGGCAUUGAGGGCAUAUUUUUUCUGUACUAUACGGUCUGGAAUCUGUUUCAGACGCUGCCAGCACUUGCAGCCGUGGGAAUUGUAGCAUACAUCAGCGGCAGCCGUGCCUUGACAGAAGUACAAGAUCGUCGCCUAGCAGGCCUGCGUUGA